AUGCCCGUAACAGAAUCGAUGAUACACCAUGAGACUCCUGCAACGGUAGAUGGUUGUGCAACACUCUUGCAACGGUUGGAUAACCGACGACGCGCAGCGGAAGCUAAGCGAGGUAGUAAAAAACCUUGGACUACUACUGCGACCCCGGCUCCGCGUCCCCCACCAACAAAUCCUGUUCCUGUUCCCCGUCCUGCUGCCCCUGCUACCAACCCACCUGCCACUGAGAAUCACCCCUCGUUCCGUCCUGGAGGUGAUGUACCCAUGGAUCUGUCCGGAGGACGUCGUCGCCCUACCCCUGCCGAAAGAACCGCCCGCUUAGUUGAGGGCCGAUGUUUCUAUUGCGGAGGUGUUGGGCAUAUGGUUAGGGAUUGCCCCCAAGCGAGGGCAACGGGAAGCCAACCAAGGAGGCCUGUUAUGAGAGGAGCAGCGUUGACGGUGGAAGAAAAUGGCGGAAGCGAUAAUGAGUCGGCAAAAGAUUUGUCCCUGCACUAA